ACAGGUAGGUGGCACUGCAGAGUGGCACAGGUGGGUGCACUGCUGGGCACAGGUGGGUGCACUGCUGGGCACAGGUGGGCGGAGCUAGUGGGCGCACUGCUGGGCGGAACUUGCGGGUGUCACUGCUGGGCACCGAUUAUCAGGGCACUGAUCAUCAGAGCCCUGAUGAUCGGUGCCGAUCCCCGCUCUGACAUCUGCCGCACGUGAUCAGCCGUGUCCAAUGACACGCUGAUCACCGGGAAAUGCAAAUGCCGGUUCUCGGCUGCACUUUCCUCACGCUGUCAGAUCGUGAGGAAAGUACUGCCGAAAACCGGCAGUUG